CCAACAGCAGCAUCCUGGAACUUGAAGCUGACUUCACCUCAAACGGCCGACUACACCGCUCGACCGAGCGGCUCCGACCUUAAUGGCAGGAACUGUACGCCACAAUAGCAACAAUAGCAACAACGACAACAACAACAACAACAACAUGGCCAAAGCGAAUUCACAGAAGGCUGCCUGCGACCGCUGCCGCGGACAGAAACUCCGAUGUAUCUGGGAUCCCAAGGAGCCGCAGUGCCAGCGCUGUGCGAGGGCAAAUGCCGUCUGCACCAUUCCUCCCCCGCGGCCCAUGGGCCGACCUCCGCGACAAUACCGCAGCCAGAGCAGCAGCAGUCACAGCCGCGGACAGACCCAGAGCCUGUAUAGCUGGAGCGAGGAGAACGCUACCAGCACCGCGCCCGUCUCUGACGAGGAUACCGACAUCGCCAUGAACUCCGCCAACGUGCUCUCCGACCCCCUCGACUUCCUCCCAUGGUUCCCCGAGCCCGACGGCCUCAGUCUCUCUGCCCCACGAGGGACAUUCCCUACACCAGUCACCGCGCCGGCUCCUAUACCCAACGGAACACCGAACGUUAACGGAACCCGGCCCUUCGGUCAACAAAAUGAGAUAUUCGCGUCACCGCUCAAUAAUGGAGGGAAACCGGCCGAGGGAAAUCAAUCAAACCAUAGCGGGGUGGACGAGGCCGACCAGAUGGAUUACACUACCGUGGAAAACGGGGGGCCGGGCGACGACCAGAUCCAGCUCCUCACGGAGCUGUGCGAGCUUAACGUAGCCCUCUUCCAACACCCGCUACAUCGCGAAAAAGACAAAGCAGGUUUGCGAACCAUGCUGGCUUCUCACUCCGAGAACGCGAGACCGCAACAACCCGCAGAGGCCCCUUCGGCUGACAGCUCCUCAAACGGCUCCAACGGCUCUUCCGUCAUUGAGCUGAACGCCCGCGAGCUACGUACAGGAAACCUGUUUGAAAUGACGUGCCGGCUCAUGGAUAUCGUCACACGGAUCCGAGCCCAAGAAGAGGCAGCGGCGCAGGGCCAGGAACGCUACGACCGGUCGACUGCGCUUAUAGCUCUCAGUUGCUACACCCGGCUAGACGUUCUAUACUCGCGCGCUCUCGACAUUCUGGUACGGAUCCGUAAUAACGGCCCCAUCCCCGAGGGCUCCCACCACCUGAUGCCCGAGUUGGUGAUUGAUGGCUUCUCGAUGAAACGGUGUCUUGACCUCCAGCUUAACUUUCUGAUUUACCUUCACGGACAAGCGCGGGAGCGGAUCCGGUCAUGUAUCCGGAGUGCGGAAGGGACGGCUAGGGUCGGACGAGAUAGGCGGGAUUCAGCUAGGCAGGGGAGCCCCGCGCCAGCUAGGUUUGAUUUAUAGGAUUUACGCAGUGGAGCUCACACUGGUACACCAGAGCCGAAAAGGCUGGGGUACAUCCACUACUCCGUACACUAGUGUAUACGCUCCCGUCUUGGUCGGCUUGGCCCUCGAUUACGAGUCAUUUUUCUUGUAUAUACUUUUUUUUUACCGGGCGUCCUCACGCAAGCCGACCAGUUCCUUGGCUCUUGGCAUUGUCCUACACUUGUGCUACAUUUUCCGGUGUCGGCCAUAGAAGGCGGGGGAAACAACAGGGGUGUAAGUUGCGG